AUGCAGCUCCCGGACCCGGUGCGGCCUUUGACCGCGGUUCUCUCUCUGUCAGAUUGCUUGCUGCUGCUGGUGUACAAGGAACGGUCUGAACGCCUGCGGGGGCUGAAGGAGCGGAGCAGCGCGACCUUGGAGGACAUCUGCGGCCUGGAGCCCGGGCUCUGCUACGAGGGGCUGAAUCACACCCUCGCCAUCAUCUGCUUGACCCAGGUGGUGAUGCUGGGCUUUGAGAGUAAGGAAACGAUGCACGUCUGGGAUGCGCACAUCCGCUACUGCUUAGGGGAAGUUCACAGAUUCCACGUUGUGGUAGCGCCUGGAACAAAGCUGGAGCGUGGCCCAGCGACUCUUCACUUCUGCAAUGAUAUCCUUGUGCUGGUGAAAGACAUCCCGCCUGUCAUUAUGGGACAGUGGAAGCUCUCAGACCUUCGGCGCUAUGGAGCUGUUCCUAACGGAUUUGUCUUUGAAGGAGGAACCCGGUGUGGCUUCUGGGCCGGUGUUUUUUUCCUCUCUUGCACGGAAGGAGAAAAGAUCAGCUUUCUCUUUGAUUGCAUUGUUCACGGCAUCUCUCCAACGAAAGGCUUGCGUCAAGUUUUAGCAGACCCCAGUGCGACUCCUGCCUGCAUGGAAGAAAGGGUGGCUUACGAGGCUUCGCAGUUGGAGAAGCGCCUCAGCCUUCUCUCCCACAGCGGCUGCCGUGGCAGUGGAGGUGACGACCGAAGCUUGUCCAGUGCAUCCUCAGACGCCAGCCACUCCGAUGCCAGUAUUGGGAGCAGGUUGACUCUCUGGCCCGAGCAGUCGUCAGCCGGUACUUCCCAAGAGUCUCGUGGACCGGCUGCAGCGGCAGAGAAGCUGCACUCCAAAGGAGCCCCUGGGACUACCAGGCCGCCCCCGAGACUCCUGCGCUGUAGGCAGCUGCAAGAAAUAGGCCGCCAGAGCUCUUCUGACAGCGGGAUAGCGACCGGCAGUCACUCCUCUUAUUCGGGAAGUUUCUCUUCCUACGCGGGGAGCCUGGACGUUUGCCACAGGGAUGAGUUUGGAUCCCUGGUGAGCCUCUCGCUGAGUUUCCCUUCCGACUGGAACGUGUGCAGCUGCCUGCCAGGAGAGCCCCAGAGGAGCCCUGGCCCAGAGUACCAGGUUCCCAGCUGGCUCAGACACACCUACGACACGCCCAGAAGUUUGUUUCAGACCUCUGCGAAAGGCACGCUCGCCUCAAGUCCAGAUGUCGCGCCAGCCAAAGUCCAGACCAAAGGGGAUGCGAAGCAGCCGGCACCGCAUCUGGAAGGAGAAGCUGCUUCCAAACAAAGCCAAGAGAUGGAUUUGCAGGCCACCUUUUCACCGGAGGCUACCAAAGGGCCAUUCCCAGAGACGCGUCUGAGGCAGCCGGUCCAGGGGCAGGACUGCAGAGGUCCCGAGGGGGCUCUGUGCGGGGCCGUCUCCAGCAGCUCUUGUGAACUGUGCAGUUCCCCCUCCGAGACGAGGCCGGCUCUCUUCCCAUCGUGCCCAGUCUGUGGCGGGAUACGGGAAACUUCAAUUUUAUCAUCUCAAAUGUUCCCACGUAAUCUAGGCCCUGAAGGAAGCUGUGGGUUGCUAAUGCAGCGAACAGAUCCAGGAGUUCAACCUGAUCCAGUACAUGUUGAUCUACCUGUUUCUGAGCAGUCGCAGAGUGAAAUGCCAACGUAUGUUAAUAUCCCUACAAGCCCCACAGCGAAGAAACAACUUCAUUACAUGGAGGUGGAGCUUCAGGAGCCCAGUACGAGCAUUCGAGGGGGCGAAUCCGCGAAAUAUGCACAGAUCGAUAUUACCGCAACAGAGACGGCCCAUAAGGUGGGGACGCAGCACGCCCAAUUUCGAGAAGAACGUCUGCAAGAACUUGAGCAGCAGAAGAAAGAUGGCCAGCCUGGUUCUUCCUAGGGAGAUGCAGGUUAACCACCGCCAGCCCGGUACUUGGGUUCCUUCUAUUAAAUGUUGCCCCCACGUUCAGAUUAGUACCAGAUUCAUUCCAAUUUAUUCAUUUCCAGCUGGAAAACUGGCGGUAUGACGUGUGCAUUUGUGUGUCUGUCCCUCUGCAAAGGCACUCAUUGUAAACAUGUGGUCUUGUCAUUUUGUAAUAUCUUGCCCAAUGAGGUAUUAGAUACAAAUGACUAUUAGAUUGAGGCAUUUCAAGAACUUUGAGUAAAAGAAAAGUAAAUAGAACAAAAUAUUCAAGAAAUAUUGGUCUGUACAGUGUACGUAUUGAUCAAAUUACCAUUGUUAAGAGUCAAAAUGGAUUUCGGUUAUUUUUCAAAAAGCCAAAGGACACGUCUGCUUGUUUAUGACCGGGCUGUUAGAUGAAGAGUGAAUAGCGUUAAACAAACACACUUGGUUUUGCUAGCCUGCAUUCUUUUGUUUAUUAAUUACUUGGGUUUUGUGGCUGGAAUCCACUGGGUCAUUCCACCUGUUGUUCCAGAAGACAGUGUUUCUUGUGGGAAGUGGAUGGUUUUUGUGGAUUCUGCUUUCCCCUGGGAGUGCCUUGUGGCAUCUUCCUUCCACACAGUUCUGGAAGCCUUUGGGGGGAUCAGCCAGAACUCCUUCUCGCCUUUUGUUUGUUUCUCUCUGGAUCAAAAGCUGCUCUGUAUGCAGGAAGACAUCCUUGCAUUCCACCCAGAGUAACUGAUCUUUAUUAUUUAUUAUUUAUCUGUUUUAUGAAACAUUAAAGUAUGUUAGCUAUCCUUAAUGAUUUCCCUAGUAUGCAUAAUUACAGUUGGAGUUAUAACUAUUUUAACUAAUAAAUACCUUAAUUGAUCUAAUAUCAGGAACGCAUCACUGUAAAUGCCAAGAAGGCAGGGAAGAGACGUUUCUGUCUUAGGGAUUCUCUGCUCUCCCGGGCAGUUGCCCCAUCGCUAGAACAGGCAGAUGGUGUGCCCCCCCAUCAAAGUCUUUUUCUGCUCUGAUCCCAGAGUGCACUUUCCCCUAUGGCGUCACCUCACGCGCUCCCGUCUGCCUGGGGUGGAGUCCUUCAGCCUCUUGCGGUUCACGGGCCACUUUGCAGGGGAAGGAUCCUUCAGCUGAGCCCGUCUGAUGGCUUCCGUUUGCCAGUUCUGCUGAAGCACCACAGUGGUUAAGACCUUUGCUUAGCAUGGUGGUUGCUGGUUUGAGAUACUGUUGUAUUUUUCUUUUAAUUAGAUUUUUUCUUUUCCUGAGUAGCUAGUUUCUCACAUUGAACUCCUUUAAAAAAAAUAAGUCCAACGGUUUACUGCUUUACCUUCUUUCCAGUUGGGUGAGGUAGAAGGGUUUUGUCCCAGCUACAGGUAGCCCAGAGGUUAUGGGGGCUGCUCAGCAGUUCUGCCAGAGGUAGCUACAGAAGGUAUUCGAGCAGCUGGGAAUUGUCCAGUGGACGGAGGUGGUCACCUGUAAUCCAGACUGACUCCUUUGCAACUGGUUGCCGAAGGAUCUCAACCCAGAUAGAAUUUCCUUAAAGCUGCAGGAGGACAGGGCAGGAGAAGCUCAAAUGCUGAGUGCAGAUAAGCCCCAAGCUGUUGCCCGGAGCUUUAGACAUGUUCCCUCCUGCACUUCCCCCAACUCUGGUGGACCUAUAGCCUAGGAUUCCCACAGUUCAUUUCUGUUCAGUAUUUGGUUGCAGCAAAACUAGCCGCAUCAUGUCUCAAGCACUGUGGGGGCAUGCUUGAAACGUUUGGAUCAGUUGAGAUCCAUUCCUCUAGCAGGGCGAUAAUCAGUCUUCUUUUUCCAAUGUAUUUGUUAAGGGGUGCCUGCAGGGUAAGAACGGAACAGUCAAGAUGGUGACCGUGGUAGUGCCAUUGACGUUCCACUCCUUUUCGACACGCAUUAAAAAGCAGGUGGAGCUUUGAUCACAUCAUACCCUGUGGACACCCCUGUACGUUUCUUAUUUUAAAUCUGCAAUUUAGGGGGUGAGGAAUUUGUUGUCCUCUUGUUGUCUGAGCACAUGCUUAGAAGCUAAGCCAGUAGGUUCUUGGACAGGAGACCACCAGGAGAUCUCACCCCUUGCCAUUGUUGUCCUUCCUUCUUUUAUUUGGAACACUCCACUUGCUCCUGGCAAUCCAGAGGCCUUCCCAGAGAAGUUUUGGUGUUUCCUAGAACGCCACUCUGGCAAUGUUUGACAGUGCUACAGGCACCCGGGAAGGGGGGGGCAAAGAAAGGGAAAGAGUAGCAUUCAUGCAGCUGGGAGCACCCAGUCUGGGCAGAGGUCAUUGUGCAGCAGCUGCUCGUGUGUGUUCCUGGAGCAGCUGGGUGGCCAAUCCCAGCGCAAGGGGAUCUCUGCCAUGGUGGGCCCGCUUAGCAGACCGGUCCUGGCAAGAGAAGCACUCAAAACGGAGGCGGGACUCGGUCUGGUGACCAAAGGCCGCCUUCGUCUUCCACCAGAUGUUUGGCAGUGCCUCAUGUCUGCAGCUCGUCUGGGUGAUCGAGAAAACCACUUUAGGUACAGCUGGAGAGCAGAAGCUGCCCCUUGCCACCCGAUCAGUGAAUCAUGCUUUGCAGAAACCUGUUAAAAUGUGGAAUUUACACUGAAAAUUGUGCAGAUCGAUAGCUGGAAUCCUCUCUUUUAGUUCAUUUAGUUGCUUUGGCUGGGUUUUUAUAAAAUAGCAUGCGUGGUCAUCUCACCUUUCAUCAGAGCAGAGGUCCUGCUAUGUUUUCCAGCUUUUUGUACACAGCCUCAUUUCCACAAAGCAAGGUCUGGUUUCCUCUGGGCCUCUCAGCAGAGGACAGCUUGCUCCACGUUCUGCCCUACGGAAACAGGACUUGUCAGCGCUCCACUUCCUUAUUUUACCUCACGACGUACGUAGCUUUGACUCUGGUCCACCAUUUGAGAAAGUCACGUUUUUACCAAAUACUGCAAAAACCAAUUUGUACAGAAUUAGGCUCUUCUUAAAAUACAGGCUUGAAUUUUAUUUCUAAAGUGUUCUUCAAAUGCUGA